AGCUGCUGCAACGCUCGCGGCGCCAGAGCCGCUCCUGCUCUGCCGACGCCGCCAUGGCCGAGCAGGUGCCUCCGGUGUCUCCCGUGGAGGUCGAGGCGGAGCGGCGCGUUCGGGCGUGGGCGGAGGCGCAGCGGGCGCGGGGCCGUCGCGUGGCGCUGGUGACGUCGGGCGGAACGCAGGUGCCGCUGGAGGCGCGAGCCGUCCGCUUCCUGGAGAACUUCAGCAGCGGGCGGCGCGGGGCGGCCUCGGCCGAGAGGCUGGUGCGCGCCGGCUACGGCGUCUGCUUCCUCUACCGCACACGGUCGGCUUUUCCCUGGGCGCGCGCCCUGCCGCUCAGCGGGCCCGCGCUCCUGGACGUUCUGCGCGUGCAGGAUGGUGACGCAGGUGGGCAGCGCGUCCUGGUCGACUGCAGCGGCAGCGCGCUGCCGGACCUUGUACCCGCGCUGCUGGCCUACCACCGCGCCAAGGAGGAGGGCGCCCUCCUGGUCCUCGAAUUCACCGGCCUGGUGGAGUACCUGGCGCUCCUGCGCGCUGCCGCCCGGGCCCUCGCACCGCUCGGUAAGCGGAGGUGGUGGGAGGUCGGAGGAAAGGAGGGCGUGGUGCCCGCGCCUGCUCGUCCACCUCAGUAUUGCCGGUACGGAGUGGCAGCAGUUUUCUCCUGGGUUCCAAGUGUAAGCCUGGGAGUUCCUGCCAGCAAUGCUAGGUCGUUUUCUGCGGGUCAGGAUCUGGAGCAUGUUUGUUGGGUCGUGCUUUCCACUGGGUAAUAUGGAUCCAGGUUUGCGUAUUGAAGCUUGCAGCUCUGGAGCCCAGUCCUGAGCACAUUUGCUCUGUAGUAGGACUGCUGAUUCAGAGGGGCUUACACUCAAGUAAGUGUGCUCAGGACUGCAGUCUAGAACAAUCCUCUAUUUGAAUUAAAACAGACUAAGAUAAUAAGUUUAAAUGCAUUCUGCCUUCCCCCAUGCCCGCUUUUAUGGUUUAGGGAUUUUUACUUUUACUUUCUAAAAAAAUUCUAUUAACAUUAACACUCUGGAAACUAAAUAAAUUCAAAAUAACUUAAAACCUUCCAGUCUAAAAUUUUGCACAUUCAUGUGGAAAUUGUUGUGGAGGUCUUUCAACUAGCACCACUUAUGGUACCAAUUUUUCUCACUUGCUUAAUCCUCAACUAGGUUCCAGUGCCAUGUUUUACUUGGCAGCAGCUGUGUCUGAUUUCUACAUCCCAGCUUCAGAGAUGCCUGAGCAUAAGAUCCAGUCUACUGAUGGACCCCUACAGGUGAGCUCAGCAGGUACUGGAAUUUUGUUCCUGGAGACUUGUGGUCCAUUAAGAGCACCAAUUAAGCACUCCAGUUAAAUGCACCAUUAAGCACCAUUAAAUGCACCAAUUAAGCACUCCAGUUGUGAUUACUUUUAUGUUGUCAGAGCAACAGGGGCUGCUGGGGAACCCACAAAAGUAGUGGCUAAAGGCCUGUAAAUUAGACAGGCUUAUACAGAGGCAUUCCUUUGCCUUUGCUUUCCGCAUGCAUAGAAAUAAAAUAAUACUUUCAGAGGGGAAGCAUGCCUGCAUUAUCAGAGAUGGAUGCCUGAUUCAGCAAGAAUUCAGUGUCUAAUUUAUGUCAAACUGGUCCUAAGCUUAGUUUUCCCCUGCACAAACACUUACAGAUUUUCCUAACAAUAUUUCUUCACAUGUAAGCUACUUAUCAACAUAUACAUCAAUAUAUUUGGCUACAGAGGCCUGUAGCCAAGCACCAGAAUCCUGGAUUGUAGUACCAGAUUGUUACUUUGCUCCACUUUUUGAUAUUCCCCCUCUAGAAGCACUCACCAGCUUUUCCUCUGUUGCCCUGGGAUGGAUCUCUUCCUUGGAAUCUGGGGUGGACAGGGCAGUCUAGGCCCUAUUACUAGAUCUGCUUGUGUGUCUGUUUGUCUGUACUGUACACAUGUUCAUGGAAUGAUCAUACUGGGACAAAUGAGGAAAUGCAAAUAAAUAUCAAACCCAAGGAACAUCAAUGUUUGUUUUCACAGAAUAGCAGGCAGGAAGAAAACCGACUUUGUGGCCAGAACCACCAGUGCAGUUAUAGAGUAGUAAAAGGCGGCUAGUCCAAUACAAGGCAAACCUACCUUGCUUGGAUCAUAAUCGAGUUAGUUACUCUUGGUGCAAGAGAAGCUAAAGGCAAGGAGCUUAGUUUAUAGGGAGGUUUGGGGAUGGGUGUUUGGAAACUCAGCAAAGUCCAUGUGUAAACAACAACAGUUGCAGCUCCAGUGAUAGCUGUAGGUGUGCAAGAUACCUAAUGCUUGAAAUGUGGAAAUAAGGGAGAGGGUUGUGACACAGUUAUAACCUCUGUCAAACAAUGAGUAGGUAGAAAUGGUUUCCUCAUUUUUAAAUUAGGACUGCUUAUAAAGGCUGGGUUAUUUGUUGGGUUCUCUCUGUGCCAACCCAUCCCUUUCCCAAGCUCAGGCUAUCGCUGCAUCAAGAGCAUGUGUGUGUGAGGGCUAGGCGAUACCAGCUUUUCAACUUUGUGGUGUAUCACCAGCCAAACAUUGCGUUUUGGCUAUUUUUGGCUAUAUUUGGCAAUGUUGAAAAAAUAAGCUGCAUUGGCUCUGCCUGCAAGUGCCUCCAGUGAUCGCUGCUAGCAGAAGGACUCAGGAGCCGUGGCGGUUUCACCAGCAAUAUACUGCUGAGUGAAACCGACAUCACUGUCUGCUCCUCAUACCGGUCCUGGGCGAUAUAUCACCCAGGCCUAGUGUGUGUGCAUUAUGCUGAACUUCUUUCUUAAGAACAUAAGAAGGGCACUUCUGGAUCAAGUCAGGGGGCCAUUUAGUCCAGCAUCCUAUAUCACAGUGGGCAACUGGCUACCUGUGGAAAACUGUCAAGUAGGAAUUGAGCACAAGAGUACUCCCUUCCUGUGGUUUACAUCAACUGGCAUGCAGAAUCAUUACUGCCUCCAACCAUGGCCAUCUCCUCUGUGAAUUUGUCUAAUCCUCCUUCCCUUGUUGCAGAUCACAAUGAAGAUGGUGCCAAAGAUGUUGUCCCCUCUGGUUAAGGAAUGGGCUCCAGAGGCAUUUGUGAUCUCAUUCAAGCUGGAAACAAACCCUUCCAUCCUGAUUGACAAAGCAAAGCAGGCAUUGGAGAAAUAUCGCCACCAGGUGGUGGUUGCCAACGUGCUGGACUCCCGGAGAACCUCCGUGAUUGUGGUCACCAAGGACUUGGAGACUCAGUUGUCGCUUUCUGAUGAUGAAGUGGCCCAAGGCAUGGAGAUCGAAGAGAAGAUUGUCAGCUAUCUUGAGUCCCAGCACAGGGCUUUUAUGGAGAAAUGACUUCUCCUGAGUAAAAGUGACUUGUUUGAUUCCUCAGAACAGAAUAGACAAAUGGUUAAGAGGUGAACCGAAGAUGUUUUUAUUACUGCUAAAUCGUGUCAAAACUUUACUACAAUGGUGUAUAGGAUCAAAACGGUGAAAUUCUGACAUAAUUUGGGCUAUUUUUGCACAACACACGUUUGCUGCUUGUUAGAAAUAUAUACCAUAUAAAUCUAAACAUUCCUAAGUCACGGCUUUUCUGAGUGUACCAUCCCUAUCUCCUGUUUUGUUUAGCCUUGUGUGAUCAAACCUUAGGGAAUGUUUGAAUACUCUCUCCUUGCAAGCAAGGUUAGAUGGCUACACCUUGACCAUAAUGACUUCUGGCCAUUUCACUUGGUCAUAGUCUGACCAGGACUGGCCCUGGUGCUGUUUGCAUUGCCAUAUAAAGGUUCUUGCUAAUAUAUAACCUUCUGGGUCUAUGUUAAAAUAUUAUAUAGGGUUAGAGCAGGGCCGAGGAACCUUCCUUUUGCAUCCCUGUCAGUGGUAAACUCUGUGCUGGCAGUGGGUGGGACAGAAGCCAGCUGUGAGCAGAGCCAGAAGUUGGCAUGGUUUUUCUUUUCCACCCUGUGGGCUGAUGGGGAAGAAGCAGUUCACUCUUGCUGGAGGCCUGAGCUGAUUGUGCAUAGGGCCUUUUGAAAUCAGGCAGUAGGACUGCAUGAAACCCACCUCUGGCUUAGAGGUGUUCACCUUUGUACCAUGUGCCACUAAUUUGGGUUCAGUUUUUUACUCCUGCCAAGGUGGCAGAGCCUUUGCUUUCACUAUUGUGUAUUCAGCUGCACUUUCCAUAGUUUAAAUUGUUAUACGGUGCCUCAUGUACAUCACAAGUGGGAAGGCACCAUAAGCAUUGAAAAGGACAACAGCCAUGUCAUGAGGCUAUAAUCUGAAUUUCAAUGUUGGGGGUGAUAAGAUGAUAGUGUGAUGGGAGAGGAAGGAAGGAAAUAAUUAUACUGAAGACUUUUCCAUUUGGGAAUUAAGACCAGGGUUUGAGAGAGGGUGGUUUUGAGGAUCAAUUUGAAAGGAGGCAGUGAUGUAUAUACAGUGGUGCCCCGCAAGACGAAUGCCUCGCAAGACGGAAAACCCGCUAGACGAAAGGGUUUUCCGUUUUUGAGUUGCUUCGCAGGACGAAUUUCCCUAUGGGCUUGCU